AUGGAAUAUCAGAUGACAACAGAAAUGAACGGAGUCUGCAACGGCAAGAUUGUCAAUGAGUUUCAGUGCCGCAACGGGUUUAGCGAGCUCUCCAUCGAGGCAAAGAAGACUGCGCUGCAAUGCAACCACGAGCAGUCCAGAAAGAAGUCGGAAGACGAUUCAAAGCUGCCGGCACUGGAGGCAGCCUACACUACCAUUCUCCGGGGGCUGGGGGAGAACACCGACCGCCAGGGGCUUCUUCGGACGCCGCUCCGCGCCGCCAAAGCCAUGCAGUUCCUCACAAAGGGCUACCAUGAGACCAUUUACGACAUCCUAAACGACGCCAUAUUUGACGAGGACCACGACGAGAUGGUCAUUGUGAAAGACAUUGACAUGUUCUCCCUCUGCGAGCAUCACCUGGUGCCCUUCUUCGGAAAGGUUCACAUUGGAUACCUUCCCAGUAAAAAAGUGGUUGGUCUGAGCAAACUAGCAAGGAUCGUUGAAAUCUACAGUCGGAGAUUACAAGUGCAGGAACGCCUGACAAAGCAGAUUGCACAGGCCAUUUCGGAGGCCCUGCAGCCGGCCGGAGUGGCAGUGGUCAUCGAGGCAGCUCACAUGUGCAUGGUCAUGCGCGGCGUCCAGAAGAUGAACAGCCGCACUGUCACCAGCGCCAUGCUGGGCGUGUUCCGGGAGGACCCCAAGACCCGUGAGGAGUUCCUAGCCCUGACCAAGAACGGCUAG